CUGCUGGCAAUUCACCCGUUUGUGCGCGGUAGCCUCUCUGGUAUGUCUGGCACGUGAAUGCUUGCACUCACCCUGGCUGUGUCGCGUGACCCAGAAGUUUCGCGCGCCACAGCGACUAUCGAUCAGGCUCACCAACAACAUCACUAACACAUUGAUUCGCCUUCAGCAACUCUCGACAAUGCAGUCAGGCGUCCGUGAAGAGACUUUCACUGUCUGAGGUGUCCCAACGAGUGGGCAAAGUAAUAGGCUCAACCUCAAGGCGUCGAAAAACGGUUCACCUAAAGCUACCAGGCCGCCUCGCAGCAGCAACCAUGGCUUCUCACUCUCAAAAGCACAUAGAUCUGGGUGGCGAUGAAGGCAAGAAUGGGGAUUCAUCACAGACGAGUUGCAUCAUGACGCCCACGCCCGUUCUCUAUCAAAACGACGCACGCGAUAUCACCCUCAUCGACAUCCCGCUGUCUAUAUCCACAGCUCAGGGCAUCAGCGACGACAUACUUCUCUCUUCCAAUCCUAUUGCAGAGCCUUUCUCAGUCAAUGACCCUAAAUCCGAGGCCGCAAAGGCGAAAGUGGGCAAGCAGUAUGACGAGGAGCUUCACGCGAUUUAUGCCGAGUUAGUCAGCAAAGCUCUUGCGGAAAUCAAAGCGAACAUCUCUGGAGACUGGUGUCUUCCUCGAAAGGUCAUGGCACAGCCCUUUUCAAAAGCGAAAGGAGCGAAGGGAGAAGCUCCAAGCACCCCACCAGUCAUGGAUCCUGAAGCUUCCCUAGACCAACACCUGAGAAGCCUCCAGGAGGAGACCAAGGAUGACCUCAGCGCCAGGAUGGCUUCUCUCAACGUCUCUCUCGCCGGCGGGCCUUCAAAUGCACCUUGGAAUGUCUCAUACGAGGAGCCCCAUGAUGCAUCUGGUUCCAAAGCCUCCCGAGACCCUGGAGAGCCAAAGUCCAUUCAGGAGACAUGGGACUGGGCUUUCCAUAACUCUUACGGCCAACCUCUUGAACUAGUCGUCUCCAAAGCCGCAAGCGAAUCCUUGCCGGAUCCCCCCAAAUUAACCUUCAAAAUCCCUCCGAAGUCUACAUUCUUCUUGCACGAUUGCGUCGAGCCAACUCCAUUCCGCACAGCCUUCCGCGAAAUCACAGAGGAUCACAGGCUCCCACGCCACUUCAAUUUCGUCCUCCUCGAUCCCCCAUGGCCGAACCGCUCAGCCAGGCGGAAAGGCUCCUACACUACCUACUACAGCGUUCCUAAACUCAAACAUAUGAUUCUGAAAAUGGAUCUCGACCUCUACAUCGAACACGACGCCCUGGUCGGCAUCUGGAUCACCAACAAACCUGCGCUGCGAGACUUAGUCCUCGGGCCUGGUGGGCUAUUCAAGCGGUUGAAUGUCGGACUUGUUGAGGAGUGGAUAUGGAUCAAGACUACUAUUAAGGGAGAGCCGAUUCUUUCUAUGGAGAGUGUCUGGAGGAAGCCUUAUGAAGUCUUGCUGCUAGGUAGAGCAGCCAAUACGUCAUACUCGGUCGCAAAACCAGCUCAAGAAAUUAAGAGGAGAGUCAUUGCAGGGGUUCCGGAUAUGCAUUCUAGGAAGCCGUGUUUGAAGGACCUGAUCGCACCGUUCAUGCCGGAUCCGGAUGACUACAGCGCGCUCGAGAUCUUUCCUAGGCACCUCGUGGCCGGGUGGGCCUCUUGGGGCAACGAAGUACUGAAAUUCAAUUGGGAGGGCUAUUGGGCGAGGGCAGGUACGGAGGCGUCUUCCGUUGAUGUAGACGUUGACACGGACGUUGAUUCGGAUAUGCUUGAAUGAUAGUAUGGCCGAAUGACCGUCUUUAUUGCUGACGAAGACGACUGCAUCAGAUUGCUACUUUAAAAGUAGCUUAGGGCAGUAAUGUUUAAUACUUCGGGGCACCGAGAAGGUGGAAUUGAAUUACAGUACCUCUUCAUAAACUUGUCUCUACACCGUGAUGUUUGCGAAUGCGCAAGUCUUGAAUAUCUCA